CCCCCCCCAGGCCGAUGGAGACACGGCGUUCUUCCCGCAUGCUGGAAAAGAACUAUGUCCUCUCGCGCUUCAUCCUCGCGCGGAUCUUGACAUCGAUCCAGAUCAAUCCCGACCAUGCGAUCCGGAUUUCCGGCGCCGUGGAGCGCGGUGUUCGCCGGGUCCGGCGCGCUGGUCCUCUCCUCCAGGCCGAUUUGGAGGCGCUUCUCUUUGCCGAGAUGGCGCGCUUUGGCUAUCGCUCCCCCUGCUUGCAAGAGCUGUACCGAUGCAUGAUCAUGCUCUACCGCCGGCGCAUCCCGCUGGUCUUGCUCGUGGGCGGCGCCCCGAGCACCGGCAAAACCUCCCUCUCAACCCAGCUGUCGGAACGCCUCAACUUGCCGACCGUCCUGCAUACGGACCUGAUGCUGGAGGUGCUGAGCUUCCUGGCGGAGGACUUGCCCGACAGCGAAGAUGCGGCGCUCCGGCGCCUGGCCGGGGAUCCGGGGCUCGGCCCGGCCGAGGGCGGCUGUGCCGGUGUCCUGCGCCUGUACCAGGCCGAGGCCACCCUUGUCCACCGGGGGAUCGUGGCCGAGCUUCGCAAGUGCCUGGCCGAGGGGAAGAACAUUGUCAUUGAGGGGCACCAUGUCCGGCCGGCGGUGUACGCUGUCCCGGGGCCGGGCGGGCAGUUGCCUGGCCAUCGCCACUUGAACCCCGGGACGCUGCCGGCCCGGCUGCCGGGGGUCGGAAGGAUUGGUCCGCGGGUGCCGGCUCGAGUCCGGGCGGAAUUCCGGCCGGAGGCCUGCUGCUCGUCCGGCCAGGCGGACUGCUUCUGGUGCAGCGACCACUUGGACAUGGCCGAGGUGACGGCAUCUCUGCGCCCGUGUGCGGGCGGGCGGUGUUGUGGCUGCGGCCGGCCGGACCCGGCUGGGUGCUCGCCGGCCGAGGCCUUUGCCUCAGGCUUGAACAUUUGCCAGCCCCUCGAUGUGGCAGACGGCUCUCCGAUGGCCGGCGGAUCGUCCGUGGCUUUGGCGGCGGCAGCAGCGGCGGCGGCGGCAGCGGCAGCAGCAACAGCAGCAAGGCCACCCUCGGUCGGAGGGCCCUCCGGCAGCGGGAUGCUGGGGCCGGCCUCGGCCUCGGCCUCGGGUGAUGGUCCCACUGGGGCCGAGCGGUCCGAGGCUCCACUCUCCUUCGAGGUGCAUGACCCGCACGAGCAGCCGGAUGCCCUGGCGUCGCAGUUGAUCUUGGUGCGCUUCCUCCUGACGGUGGAGUGCCCGCGUCGGCAUGCGCGUGCCAUGGCCGACGCCCGAUCUCGGUCCCGGUCUCGGACUGACGCGGAUCUCGAGCGCCUGGUCCGGCUGUUUGCCCAGCAGGGAGGCGAGGCGAGCCUGGGCCCUGGCGAGUCGGACCAGAAGCUCCACGCGGCCCGGGUCAUCCAGCGCCAGAUGCUGUUGGACUGCUUGCUGGAUGUGGAGGACGAGCUGCCGGCCGGCUCGCUGUCGAGCCCGACCGAUGCCCCCUGCGGCUGCUGCCGAGGGUGGUGCCCCCGCAGCACCCCCUGCCUGGAUGGCGUCAUCCACAUUGAGGUGGAUCCGGAACAUUUGGAAACCUCGCUGGACCGUAUGCACCGGGCGGUCCUCUCGCGCAUUGUCCACGAAUCGCACGGGGAGGUCGUCGGCCUGGCUGGCGGCUCGGGCGCCUGA